CCGAUGUCAGAUCGAAAUCCUUUUUUGCUCCAUCCAAGAACUGGACUCAACUCCCGGGACCAGAAGAGGAUUAGCCAGUAUUAUUUACGGUUUUAACUUGCACUGCAAGGAUCGCUCUCUGUCUUGAUCUGUCUCUCUCUAUUUUUUUCUUUUUCUUCUCUUAUUUUCUGCCCUGGAUGUAAGACGUUCCAGCCUUUCUACCCGCCAUCAACUAUUGCCACCCAUCCACCACCCAUCAUCAUCAUCCUCCACACUCACCACAUCCACCCCUCCUACCACACCCACCCCCUCCUCCUUCCCUCCUUUACCCUCUCCGACCAAAGGAAUUACAGGCAAGGAGGGGGGGGAGACAGGUGGGAGGAGGAGGCUCAGCAUGAUCAUUGUUCUCGCCAUAGACAAGGGUAGCUUAUGCCCGAGCUAUCAAUGCGGAUUGACAAGCGAAAAGGAGUCUUAUGCCGAAGAUCUGGGUACCUAAGCAAACUACCAAGCAGAGCACCAUCGCGCUCUCUCUAUAUACACGUCAGCUUUGCGACUCUUCUCGGCUGUGCCUCUUAUUUUUCUUUCUUACUCUUCUCUUUUGUUCGAAUUUAUCACACUCUCUUAUGAACCCUCUGUGAGGUGUCUUUCUUUAACGUCACUUCUCCUCCCUUCCUUCCACUCCCCCGCCGUCGGGGCAACAAUGAGAUUAUACAAACGCCACUUUGGACCUUUAUGGAUUGCGACACUGGUGCUGAGCUCUUCUGUUUUGGAGGUUGGAGGACAGACGCUGGGAUGUUUGGCGGAGGGCGGAUGUUUUCGGGGGUGUUUUCCAAAAUGUCCCGGUUUGGAGACAGAUUGCGUGUGCUCGGGGUUCAGGACAGUGCUGGAUAUGAUGGGUAUAUUGGGUUGUGCCUUGAGGAUUUGCCCACCUUCGGAUGCGAUGGGUAGUUUCAGCGCCCUAGGGGUCGGGUGCCUGCCCUUCAUAUCAACUACCACACGCCGCAGCAGGGCAAGCUCCUCUACAACCCCUACCCCGCUCACUGCUUGCGGCCCUGUUAUAAGUGCUUCCGCGUCCGCUCGACCAACUACUAGUGCUUCGGUCUUACCCUCGAGUUCAUCGAGCUCCAGGUCUUUCAGUACCCGGUCUUCCCCCUUGAUCUCAUCGGAUCCACCCUCCUCGAGAUGCACAACCAUGAAUUCAACAAGCCCAGCCUCACCAAUUCCAACCUCCCCAACAAUGACAUCGCAAAUUGUAUCGCCAGCGCCAACGCCGCCCCUAGACCGUCCGCCCAACGAAGGCACCUCUUCCCCUCCGUUUCGUAGUCAACAAGAGCGGAAACUCCAACUAAGCCGUGGCCUAAUAGUGGCGUUGGUCCUUGGCCCAUUAGGCUUUCUGACAUCCCUUCUAGCAAUCUUCCUGAUCCUCCGGCGGCGCCGGGGACGAGGUCGCCGCUCGAUAUCAAGCUUUACCGGCAUCAGUGAUUUUGAUGCCAACCGGGGGAGCAUAACUGCUCCACUACCAACAUUCAGCUCUGAUCCACCAAGAGUUCCACUGGCGGAUGUUGGGACCCGGCCUACGACUCGGGGUUCCCAGAUGAGUGCUGGAGUAGGAGCAGGGGCUAUGGCGGCCGUGGCAGUAGCACGUAGAGCAUCUACGCGCAGAGAAGAUAUAGUCUCAGCAACACCCGUGUCGAGUUCCCAGGGCAACAGCCAACUGCAUAUCUUCCCGCAGACAAGUCGGCGACUACCCGCUGGCCAGCGCCAGCCUCAGAGCCAGCAAAACCCGGACCUCCUCCUCCGAUCACUGAGAAAGCCCCUCCCACAACUACCGCGGCCUCCGGAGGAGGCUAGAAUUGGACCGAGAGCUGGGCCUAGCACUAGGAAUAGUCCACUGGCAUUGCCGUCUACGGUUUACCCCAUACCGGACAAUCCUCGACCAAUGUCCGCAAUCUCGGAAUUGGCAGAGGUGGACCAAUACCAACCUAUACCAGACGAUGCUACAGAAGUGGAAUUUCGAAGAGUAUAUCAUGAUGUCCGUAGGGCGCUCAAUCGGUCACCCUCCACCUCCACCGACCAGAACUCUACAGAUUGGAGCAUCAUGACGGACCUGUCCAGGAAUUCGACCACCCGAAGUUUUAGACCUGAAAGAUGA